AUGAUUGAAUAAUUAGGUAUAAUAAUUUAAAAUUUAUAAAGAAUGGGAAGAAAGAGAUGGUAAUUAUUUAUUUAAUAAUUAUUAUUCAUUAGAUAAAUAUUGCAAAUACGAUAUUGUUUGAAAAGAAAAAGAAUUCAGUUAGAUAGAUAGAUUGAUAGAUUUAAUAAUAUAAGAAAAUAAUACUUUAGGUUAAUAGGUAUGGGUAAUGAAUGUUCAGCUUGUUCAAACUGUUAGAAGACAGAGAAACAAACAGAAUUUACAACAGACAAUAUAAAAGUAAAUGAAAUGGAGUAAGCUACUGCCUAGUUGUAAGAAUAAAACAAGAUAAAUUAUUAUGCUAAGGGUAAUGAACAAUUUGAUUAAGUUAGCGGAGCAGCUGAAACUUAAGGAUUAAAUUUAAGUCAUCAGUUUGCGCAAGGUAUAGUAAAUCAGUCUAUGUAGCACAAUCAAAGUUAGAGCUAAUUGUAAUAGAAUAACAACAAUUUCGCUAAUAACAGCUAGUUUACAGAUGAGCCAUAAAAUGAUGAUUAAAAUGGGGCAGGGCUUUAUGAUUACGAACCUAAGUAUUUCACAAAAGAAGAAUCGAGCGAAACAAUGGCUUAAAAUCAUGAAAAUUCUAAGAUCAGAGAAAAAAGACCACCUUAUAUGUUCAAGAGCGGAGCAAAUUAUGAUGGAGAGUGGUUAGGUAAUAUGAGAGAUGGCUACGGAGUUUAAACAUGGCCAGAUGGCGCUAAGUAUGAAGGUGAAUGGAAGCAAAAUAAGGCAUGUGGAAGAGGAAAAUUCUAUCAUGUCGACGGAGAUACCUAUGAAGGAGAAUGGAAAGACGAUAAAGCAAACGGAAGAGGUGUUUAUAUUCAUGUUAAUGGUGCUAAAUAUGAUGGAACUUGGAAAGAUGAUUUGCAAGAUGGAUAAGGUACUGAAACAUGGGCUGAUGGAUCUUGUUAUUAAGGGUCAUAUAAAGAAACUAAAAAGCACGGCUUUGGUAUUUACACUUGGUCUGAUGGAUCAAGAUAUGAAGGAAAUUGGGUAGAAAAUAGAAUAUCCGGAUAUGGAGUUUAUACAUGGCUUGAUGGAAGAAAAUAUGAGGGUGAUUGGUAGAACAACAACAUGCACGGUAAAGGUGUAUAUACAUGGAGAGAUGGUAGAAGAUAUAGCGGUUAAUAUUAAUAUGAUAAAAAGCAUGGUAUUGGUACUUAUACUUGGGCAGAUGGUAGAAAAUAUGAAGGCGAGUGGUAAUUUGGAAAGUAACAUGGAUAAGGUAAAUAUAUACUAUAAAAUGGCGAAGUAAAAAUUGGAUUAUGGGAAGAAGGCAAAAGAAUUAAGUGGUUAAGUUGA